AUGAUCGAACAACAGCCAGAUAUGAAAGUUGCCACUCUUCAGGCUGAGAUAAGAGAUAAGAUUGGAUAUGAACCGUCCUAUAAAAAAACAUGGAUGGGAAAACAAUUUACAAUUGAAAAGAUUUUUGGUAGAUGGGAGGAAUCAUAUGGGAGAUUGCGUAAGUUCAUGCAUGCUAUUGUGAAUUACAAUCCCGAUACAGUUGUCGCAAUUGAAGAUGAUCCACACUGGAUUGAAGGUCGUUUGGAUGGGAACGUUAGAGUGUUUGAUAGAAUGUUUUGGGCAUUUCAACAAUCAAUUGAAGGUUUCAAGUUUUGUAGGCCAGUCAUAUUUGUUGACGGAACUUUUUUAUAUGGAAAAUAUAGUGGUUGUAUUCUUUGUGCAACUGGGCUUGAUGGAAAUAAUAUGAUUUUUCCAUUAGCAUUUACAUUAGUUGAAAAAGAGGAUAGUGACAACUGGGGAUGGUUCAUGAAUUGUCUUCGAUUAAAUGUUACCGACAGAGAAGAAUUAUGUGUUAUAUCCGACAGACAUAUUGGGAUUAAAAGGGCAAUGCAAAAGGAUUGGUGGCAGCCCCCAUCAGCCAACCAUCGAUAUUGCAUUCGACAUAUAUUAAGCAAUUACAAUACAAAAUUUAAUAAUACCGAUAUGAAGGAAGCUUUGCGCACAGCAGCUAAUCAAAAUCAGAAGCGAAAAUUUUAUGAUGCCAUGAAUAAGAUACGGGAAGUCAGUCCUAAAACGUUUGAGUGGGCCCUUAAAAUACCUUUAGAAACAUGGACACGGUCACAUGAUGGAGGAAAAAGGUAUGGAUCCAUGACAACAAAUACAAUUGAAUCUAUCAACGGAAUGUUGAAGGGGUUUCGCGCAUUGCCCGUCAUAGCUAUGAUUGAAAAAAUAUUCUACCAAUGUGCUAACUACUUUGACAUACGUCGCAUGACAUAUUUGGAUCAAAUGCAAAUGGGGCACACUUUUACGCAUGCAUGUGCAGAAGUAAUUAGAAACAACGAGAUGAAAGCAGCAAGACAUCGGGUGACACGAUUUAGUAACGAAACUUUAGUUUUUGAAGUUCGUACCACUGGCACCGGGAAUAAGCAAGUUGUUAAACUAAUAGAAGGUACAUGCACUUGUGGUAAGUUUCAAGAGAUGCGAAUCCCAUGUUCACACGCCAUAGCAGCUUGUCUGUCGAAAUCCAUAGAUUAUGAUCAAUAUGUUAAUACAUACUACACAUUGGAACAUACUUUAAAAUGUUAUGGCAGUAUGUUCAAUCCAUUGGGUCAUUCUGAUUACUGGCCAGAACCAGAUGGUAAACCUCUAAUUCCUGAUAUGCAAAGAAUUAGAAAAAAGGGUCGACCAAGAAGUAGCAGAAUUCAAAACGAGAUGGACUGGAGGGCAUCAAAGGUUUCUUCAACUUCUAAAAACCAUUGUACUAUAUGUGAAAAGUCUGGUCAUAAUAAACAAACAUGUAUCGUCAGACGUUGUUGA